AUGUCCUCCCCUUCACAUUGUUGGAGUGGGGGGGUUUGGAAAUGCCACUCAAAUGGUGGUGCCAGCCCCGUCACGCUGGAUUUCCACAGACCUGCCACACGUCAGAUGCCGCACGUCAGAUCUGCUGUAGAUCAUGCUGUGUGGUGUACGGGUCCCUCGGCAUGCGGACAUCACGUGGCCGUGGAGACAAUGACCUCCUGGCCAUUGCUUGGGCUCGGAGAGGGAUGUGGCCAGCCCAGGCCAUCGAUCGUGCUGAUCGAUAUAAGUUUGACUGUGUGGUCAACAUGGACUUCGCCCCAAGAACGAUCGGGACACAUCCUUGCAGAUGUGAUCCGGAAGCUAAAUCCAAGCUGCUUCAAGAGUCUCCAAACAGCCCGACUGGUCCAAAACCAUAUCCCCUACACCUCCAGUCGUACCUCCUCAGAGGUAUGA